AUGUCAUCUGAGAAGUCAAUGCAAGAGAUUUACAAGUCCUAUGUUGCUACAGGAUCAGUAAAGAAGUUUAUGACAGACAUUAAGGCUCAAGGAAUUCAAGAAAAUGAUCCAAGAAUCUCACAGAUUGCAGAGCUGAUCAAGGAGAAGGAACCAAAGGAUAAGAAAAUGGAUUAUGAAACGUUUGCAAGGCGAACUACUCCUUGUUGUGGAAUCAUGAGAAAAUUUUCUGAACGUCAAUUUGUGAUUCCAAAUUUUGAGAAGUUCGUUAAAGCUAUCGAAGAAAUUUACUGGAAUUGCAAGUCAAAUACAGCAGGAAGUAACGCAUCAUACAUCCCUCAAUUAGCCAAUGUUGCUGAUCAUUGGGGAGUUUCAGUUUGCACUGUUGAUGGUCAGCGAUUCUCAAUUGGUGACACAGAAGUUGGAUUUUCAAUUCAAAGCUGUAGCAAGCCAUUGACAUACGCACUAGCUUGUGAAUAUCUUUCACCAGAAGUCGUCCACAAAUUUGUUGGACAGGAGCCAUCAGGAAGAAUGUUUAACGAAAUGGUAUUGGAUCACAAUAAUCAGCCACACAAUCCAAUGAUCAAUGCUGGUGCCAUUGUAACUGCUUCUCUUGUCUACACGCUUAUUGAUGGGAAACGUUCAAUGGCUGAAAAAUUUGAUAUGGUUAAGACAAUGAUGGAAAGUGCUGGUGGAAAUGAACGAUUUGGGUUCGAUAACUCAAUUUAUCACUCAGAGAAGGAAGCUGCUGAUCGAAACUUUGCUUUGGGAUAUUUUAUGAAGGAAAAGAAAGUGUUUCCAGCUAAGACCAACAUGCUUGAGUCUCUUGACUUCUACUUCCAGCUCUGUUCAAUCGUGACAUCAGCAAAUACAUUCAGCGUUGUAGGAGCAACAUUAGCAAAUGGAGGUGUCUGUCCAUUGACAGAUGAAAAAGUCUUUAAAGUUGAAACAUGCCGUGAUGUCUUAUCAUUGAUGCAUUCGUGUGGAUUGUAUAACUACUCAGGACAAUUUGCAUUUAAUGUAGGACUUCCAGCUAAAUCAGGUGUGUCUGGAAUAAUCAUGCUUAUCAUUCCUAAUCUUGCUGGUAUUGUCUGCUAUAGUCCGAAGUUAGAUGAUUUUGGAAAUUCAGUUCGUGGGGUUCAAUUUUGUGAGGAACUUUUGAAAACUUAUGCAAUUCAUCCUUAUGACAAUUUACGUCACACGAUCACACGACGAUCGAUAUAUGAGGAAAAAUGA